CGUAGCGUGGGAGUAACUAGGAAGUGGAUCGGUUACUAAGGAAAGCUGGAGAUUGAAUACAGGCAGAGACGUGACAAAGGAGUCUGUAAGGAUUUUGAAAAAGGUCCAUGGCUCUACCGACAUUCUCGGCCAAUGUACCCAGCCGGUCCCGAGUCCUGGCGGAGCAGCUGGCCCGGCAGCGGGAGCAGGAGGCCCGGUGGCGGCAGCAGUGGGAGCUGCAUGCUCGGUACUUCAGAGAGCAGAGUGUCCGCAGCCAGAGACAGGCGGCGUGGAGCUCCCGUCACUCCUACCAGCAGAGUAUGUCAGCUUACCAUAAACAGAGACUGAAGGAAGAGAAGAAGGCCAGCCUGGAGCAGCGCAGGAAUCGGCUCAGGGCCAUGCUUCAAGAGGAGCAGGACCAGCUGGAGGCGGAGCUCCGGGAAGUCGUCCCUGACAGGAGCACCUUGGCAAGUCAGCUGGUACAGAAAACUGAAGAGCUUCGUACGGCAAGAGAGGAAAGAAGAAAAAAGCUUGCGCAAGAGCUGCUGAAGGAGCAUUGGAAGAAAAACAACCCAGAACUGCGAGAGGUCGAGUCAGCAUUACAUAAAGAUCAUGUUGUCAGCCAAUGGCAGGAGCAGAUAUCUGAGAAGAAAGAGAAAGAGGUGGUAAAACAGGCGGAGAAGAGACGCUUUGAAAAUGAGUACGAGAGGACCCGAAAAGAAGCUUUGGAGAGGAUGAAGCAAGCAGAGGAGAAAAAGAAAGCAGAGGAGCGUAAGAGAGCAGAGGAGCUUUGCCACCAGAUGGAAGAACUGAAGCUGAGAGAGGAAGAGGCCACUCGUCUAAAAAAGGAGCAAGAGGCUCUGCUGAUCCAGCAGUGGGAGCUGGAGAAGAUCGAGGACGAGAGGCAGAAAGUGGAGGAAAGGAGAAAGAAGUCUCAGAUGGGACAUUUCUUGAUCCGACAAUAUCGAGCUCAGCUGAAGAGGAGAGCCCAGCAAGUGCAGGAGGAACUGGAGGCCGAUCGUAAGAUCCUGGCAGCCUUGCUUGAAGGAGAGCAGGACGACAGGAGAAUGGAAACCGCUCGAAGAGAAAGAGCUAUCGCUGAUGCUGCCUGGAUGAAACGUGUAAUUGAAGAACAGCUUCAGUUGGAGCAGGAGAGGGAGGCUGAGUUUGACAUCCUACACAGAGAAGAAGCACAACGUGUGUGGGAGAAACGAGAAGCUCAGUGGGAGAAAGAGAGGAAAGCCAGAGAACGGCUCAUGCGUGAGGUGCUUGUGGAAAGACAGCAACAGCUGGAGCUGAAGAUGCAGAAGAACCACAAGGCUCAGGAGGAGUCGCUGAAGAGACGAGAAGAGCUGAUCCAGGAGCUGGAGCUGGAGAGGGAGAUCAGACGUCGGGAGAAGGAGGAAGAAGGGGGCCGUCGGACAGCUCGGAUGCAGGAGAUAAACGCACAGGUGGAGCAGCAACACCAAGAGCAGUGGGAGGAGCUGUGCAGGAUGGAGCAGGAGGAAGAGGAGCAGAGGGAGGCCCAGCGUAUCCAAGAAGAGGAGCUGAGGCUUGAAAUGCAGAGGAUGGCCAAGCAAGGGUACCAGGAGAAGAUACACAGUAGGCCGCGAUCAGCCUGGACAUGAGCAACCUGCAAGUCCAACUAUAUUGUGAGAUGUAGAUUUUUCUGUAUGUAAUUAGCUUUAAAGAAUAUGUUCAUGAAACAAUAUUCACAUGCUCUUUUGUAAAUCAUAACAGCCAUUUUGUCAGUGUAAUUGCUCCUCCUAUCAAUACUGGCCAUGAAAAUGUGCUUCCUGACAUGGUGCCAAUGUGACAGAUGGAGGGAAGAAUUCACCGUCCUCAGCAUUUCAAAGCUCAUCAAGUCAAGUGCUAUUUUGUUUCAGUACAAACCUCCUGAUUGUUCUCCUGGGCAGCAUUUUAGUGACCCACAGGGGAAGGACAGUAAGACGGGUGAACUUGACCUGCUCACUGUAUAUGACAAACUCUAGACUCUUUAAAGUUUAAAAUACAUUUUUGGACAGAUGAAGAAUUGUGAAUUUUGUCCACCAUCUCUUACACUGCAGUUGUGUUGUGAAGAAAUGUGUCGUAGUCAGCAUAGAGAACAGGAACAAUUGCAUCAAUCAGUAGCUUUUUAAACAUAUGCACAGGUCAUUUACUGUUUUGAAACAGAUUUUGAACAACUGAACCUGUUCAGUGCCUUUGGAAGGAUAAAACAUUCCUGUAGUUUAUGCAGGCCAUAUAUCGUGCUAUCUUGAUGUUAAUUUAAAGUUGGCUGUUUGCGUGUUUAUAGAAAAACUGAUGGGCUUUUGCACUUUUUGACCUGUUCAAGGAGUUUUUAUUUUUUAUUCUGAAUUUGUAGACUUUUUUUAAAAAUAAAACUAUUACAAUCAAA